CGUGUCGCGCUGCGCAUGCGUGGCGCCCCGCCAGUCUCCGGUCGCUUCCGCGCAGGCGCGUUGCCGCCGCGGGGCCCCGCAGCCGGGAUGGCGCCGCCGGCUCCCUCCGCGCCGUGCCUGCGCUCCGCCAACACGCGCGAGCUCUCCGAGGUCGUCUUCAACAACCGCAGCCCGCGCGCCGUGCUCCCCAUCUGGGUGGACUUCGAGGGCCGGCCGCGCUACUACCCCGUGCUGCGGCCGCGCACCGGGCGGAUCAUGCACAGCUACCGCGGGCACCUGUGGCUGUUCCGCGACGCGGGCACGCACGACGGGCUGCUCGUCAACCGGCAGGAGCUGUUCGUGGCCGCGCCUGACAUCAGCGAGGCCGACAUCACGCUGCCAGUGUUCACGCUGAAGGAGCGCUGCCUGCAGGUGGUGCGCAGCCUGGUCCGGCCGGGGGAUUACCGCAAGCUGGACAUCGUGCGCUCGCUGUACGAGGAGCUGGAGGAUCGCCCCGACGUCAAGAAGGACCUGCAGCGGCUCUCCGUGGAGAGAAGCGAGAUGUUACCAGAGGAAGGCCUCCACUAAAAGGGCUGUGCGUCCUGAGCCGUGUAGAUAGCAAAACACCGAGCUUAGGAGGAGCAGCCACUGUAAAGUGUGCCCAGAGCUAACGUCUGCACUGAAGUUCUGGAACAAACUCAGCCGUACCAUAGAACAUUUACUGUGCUGGUAGGUCAGAUUCCAGAGAGCAGACAGUGUGGGAAUGUUCUCCUUUGUGAGGGCUCUGCUCCGGGUUUCGUGCAUUGCUGAGCAGGGACCCCAGUGGCCUGGCACAGAUGGGGCUCAGAGGAGUUUGCUUCGGACUAUUUCAGGACAUUCCAUAGUAACACGAGAUCGGGGUAUCUGUCUGGAGGAAGUGCGUGCAGCUCAACUUCCUCUGUGUUAGAAAGAAAGUUAUGCCAUUAACUUAAUCCAGACUCUAAAAUCAGUGGCAAAGCAGCACCAGGUUUGCUUGAAUGAUUUGGUUUCGGUGGGAAUUUGCUCUCUCACAUGCUGAAUUUACUUUCAAAUCACAAAUUGUAGGGGGUGUUCAUGUGAGAGCUUCCACAGUUGCCGUCUGAGCGCUGGACCCAAAACUUCUGAAAGAUGACCUAAGCAUUUCUGUGUUAGCCUCUGUCUCUGUCUGUUCAUAAAACCUCAUUGUAGCAACUCUGAAGCUAACGAGUUUUUACACAGAACAUGCCUUGAAUGCCUUAAUUUGUCCUUCUUUACCGAAUUACUGCUUCGUUUAUCUCUAGAUGAUGGAACUUUGUCAGCCAUACAGACUGCAUCUUAGUUUUGGGAGCCCUUUCUGCUCUGUGUCGCUGUGCCCACAUCCUUAGCUCCCAUGCUGGUAUACCAGGAGCAUUCCCACAAGGUGGGUGCUCUGAGCCCCACCUUUCCCUUGUCCCAGGGGUUGGCCUUGAGGAGCACGGUCCAUCUGGGCUGCUGGUGCCCCCUGAAGCACAGAAGCUGCCCCAGCUGCAGGCCUAACUCCCCAAAGCAGAGCUGUGCUUUUCAGCAGGCCAGCUGCACAGAGAAAGGAUCUUGGCCUGUAUGUUCUCUUCCCCAUACCUCAAAUACACAGCUGUGUGUCUGUAUGUCUCUGCGUAACUCAAAGCAGCAUUGUUUUUAGCAGAUAGGUGAAUUGUUCCCCAGGCAGGCGCAGUGCUGCUCAGCGUGCAGAGCAGCAGGUUGCUAACAGAUAGCAGCAGGCUGUUCUGUGGCCUGAGGUUCUUAAGUAUGCAAUGGCUGCCCUUCUUGUGGACUUGUUUUUUCUUAAAUGUUUGUGUAUGAACUGAUCUUUCUCAUUAAAACAUAAAUCCAUGUUAA